AUGACAAGUCCCCUGCGCCAACAUAAAGGCGUAGGCGGGGAUAGUCGCGCGCAAAUCAAGGAAAUCCCGGACCGCGAAGGCGAGUUUUCCCGUUCCCCCACUACCCGGCCUCCCACCAGCGGGUCUCACCGGGGAAGGGGGGAGGGGGGCUGCUCGCCCCGCGGCCCGACGGGCUGCGCACGGCAACUCCCCGCCCGCGCGUCUUUGGGCUCCGAAAUGGAGCCCCAAAAAUCUACGGAGGAGGGUGCGCGCUCCCGCCGCCCCUCACCUCACCCCGCCGCUACCUUCGAGGCAACAACCAGUCGCCCCGACUCACCGGAAGAGAGUUACCGGACUCCGGACGAGGAGAAAACCGACGACCACGCCCUAGCUUUCUGGGCGGAAAGCAUGCUCGGGAUGAGGCGGCGCCCCCGCGGCGACGAGCUGUCGCCUAAGGCAGGUGUGGAGCGUGAUUAUAUCACGCUCCACAGCAUUAUCAAAUGCGGCCUCCUUAGCGCGGCGGCCCAAAGCUGGAUGGCGCUCUUCUUCCGGCUGCGAGACGCCGAGGAAGCAGGAAGCCGUCCCGACGAUAUUGACGUUGGAAUUCUACAGCAAGCCAGUGCGGGACGGGUGUCGGUGGGACUGGCCAUGCCCCCCACACCCGCCCCCCUCCCCUCACUUCGAGCGCCGCGCCAACGGCAACGAGAGGAAGGGCCCGAAUGCGAGACGCCCAACGCCAAGCGUCCAAAGAAGAGGGCACACUCCUGGACCCCAAGCCCCCCGCACCCCUCGCACCCCCCGGAUGCGACAACAGAAGAUCGACGGGCUCCGGCACUCGUGCCGUCGAGCCCCCGCGAAGCACCCCCGCGGUCGUCUGCGGGCGACUCAACACCGCCGGUCGCCCCCCCCCGCUCGGGUAUACCGCUGCCUCAGCGAAGUCGCGAUCCGCGAUUGAACCGCUCCCCCGCCCCCGCGCCGUUGCUGGCAGCUCCCGCGUGGGCUCCGCCGCAACUGGCCGCCUCCGCGCCGCAUACCGCGCCGCCGGCCGCUCCGCUCAACGCGCCGCACACCGCGCCGUUCGCCGCGCCGCCGGCCGCCACGCGCGCCGCGCCGUCGUCCGCGCCGCCGCCCGCGCCGCUCACCGCAUUGCAGGCCGCCAAACGCGCCGCACCGCCGACCAUGCCGUCCACCGCGCCGCUCACGGCGCCGCACACCGCGCCGCUCGCCGCGCCGCUGACCGCGCCGCUGUCCGCGCCGCUCACCGCACGGCAGGCCGCCACGCGCGCCGCACCGCCGACCAUGCCGCCCACCGCGCAGCUCACGGCGCCGCACACCGCGCCGCUCGCCGCUCCGCUGACCGCGCCGCCGUCCGCGCCGCUCACCGCACUGCAGGCCGCCACGCGUGCCGCACCGCCGACCAUGCCGCCCACCGCGCCGCUCACCGCGCCGCUCGCCGCACCGCUCACCGCGCCGCUCACCGCGCCGCUCACCGCGCCGCGUACCGCGCAGCCGACCGCCGCGCGCACCGCACCGCCGACCGCUCCGCUCACCGCGCCGCCGGCCGCUCUGCGCACCGCGCCGCCUGCGGCUCCCUCCGCUUGGGGACGCACCUACGCUGCUGCUAGUGCAAGCGCGCCCAGUACGUCCGCCGCCACUGCCACACUCAGCACCGCCGCUCUAGCACCCGCUGCCGCCCCGCCAAAGAACAGCGGCGCCGGUUCAACCGCGCCCCCCUCGCAGGCCCCACGCACAAAAUAUCCGCCCAUUGUAGUGGAGAAGCUCCCUGACUGGAUGGUGCACUUCAGGGAGCUCACCGCAAAACUGGGACACCCGCCCUCAGCCCGCCCCUUCGGCGCUGGCGUUAGAUUCUCGCCGAGGGACGACUCCGAAUAUCGUACCAUCCAAAGGUACCUAGAUGACGUGGCGCAAAAAGAUACCCGCAUCUCAUGGUUCUCCUACUCCUUGCUGGCGGAGAGGAGCCUCAAGGUGGCAAUAAGAGGCCUCCCCCUUGAGACCCCCGAGGAAGCCGUAAAAGAAGCCCUCACGGAGAAGGGCUUCGAAGUUGAAUACGUGAAGAACAUCCGAGCCCGGGGAGGGCGCCCCGGGUGUAUUUUCUACGGCCUCCUGAAGAAGACCUCGGGUUUUCAGGAGGUCUACCAAAUAGACGAGCUCCUCCUGAUGCCGGGCGUCAGGAUCGAGGCGUGGAGGGGAAAGAAGGGCCCCUCGCAAUGCCACCGCUGCCAGUUGUUCCGGCACAGCUCCCAUAAUUGCCACCGCCCUCAAGCGUGCGUGCGCUGCGGGGAGCCGCACGCCGCCAGCGACUGCCCGCGCCCCCUGGAAGUGCCGGCCACCUGCGCCAACUGCGGGGGCCCGCACCCCGCAAACAACGCCGCGUGCCCGGUGUUCAGGAAGGAGGCGCGAAACAAGCGGGCCGGUACAAUCGCCCGCACGACGCCAGCGGUGGUGCCAGCGCCGAUGGUGGAGGAGUCGGCGCCCGCCACUUUGAUGGCUCCCGCGAACCCGCCCGCCGAGAGAGGAGCCGCCCUCCCUAGCGGGAAGAAAAAGAAGAGGAAGAGAGGCGCGAAGAAGUCGGCCACGGACUCACAACCACCGGGGAAGCCCGAAGCCCCCCCACGACCUCCACCAAUUGACGGCCCAGAGCGGGUGCAGCCCGCACCAGCUCCAGCGCCCGGCCCAAACAUCCCGGACACCAACGCCAUGCUGCUCCUCCUGGGCCAGCAAAUGCAGCAGAUGGCGGAGAUCCUUAGAGGGUUGCAAGCACGGCCUCAAAUUUAG